AUGAGCGGCGGAGGACCUGGAUGGGGGACGUUUUUCGGGCUCUCUCCCUCACAGUCUCGCGUGGCUCCCGAGGAGAAUGGCGCCGACACUGUAAACAAGGAGAUUGCACUCGACCAAGGUACAAUCAGGUCCUUCACGGUUGAAGGCGAUGCAGUCAAGCCACCAGACGCUGUUCCUGGCCCAAUCGCAGUGGCUGAUAUAGGAGAUAAUGCUCCGGCUGAUACGAAUACUUACCUCCCGCCAACUGACGAGAAUCCGCCUCAGUCAAUCGAGAGCUUAAAGCCCGCUCCGACGGUUCAACCAUGCCCGGAAGCGAGCGGCGCAGGCAUGCAGGCAGAGGCAAAUGGAAUCGCCAGUGGUGCCGGCGAUAACCGAAUGGAGGGAGUGAGGGAGAAUGUGGCGGAGAAGGCGGGAGAGGAAGUUACGGAGGAGAAGAGGGUAGGAGAGGGAGUGGGGUCGGAGGUUGGGGGAGAGGUGAAUGGGAAAAAUGACGAAAACGGGCUGCAGAAGGAAAAUCCUGUGUCGGAGAGUGGGGAUGGUGUGAAGAGUGGGGAGGUUGGCGAGGGUGGGAAAUGUAAUGAGCCGUCUGAAAUCCAGCCUGUGACCGAAGUUGGGACGCUGCAAAAUGGGCAGCAAGCGCUGGCAGAGAGCGAGAAUCUAGGCGAGGGCGAGAGGCAGAGGGAAAUGCGGGUGGCAGGAGAUGAAAAGCAGCAAAACGGGCGACCAGUGGCGGAGAAUGCGGAGAGGAAAGUGGCUGCGCGUACAGAGGAGGAGGGGCAGCCUGAGAAUAAAGUCAAGGAGACGCCUCAGGAGCUGGAAGAGACGCGAGGCGCUGAGAGGUUUCGAGAGGAGGGAGGGAGCAAGGGCGAGGAGGGAGGGAGCAAGGGUGUCGAGGGGCUGGAGAGUGUGGUGGUGGUGCUUGCAGGUGGAGAAGGGGGAGGGGCGGAUGGCGGAGGGGGAACACGCGAGGGGGAAGUGGGGAGGGAAGAGGGUAGUGCGGUAGAGAAUGGAGGAGGUGAGAAGGUAGUAGACGGCGUCGUUGGUGGAUCAGCAAGGAAGGCAGAGGAAGGCGAGGCAGCUGCUGCUCCGCCUCUGACCCCCCCUGUCCCUGUCUCUUCUCCUGUCCCUGUCUCUUCUCCUGUGCCUGUCUCGGCUCCUGUGCCUGUCUCGGCUCCUGUGCUUGUCUCGGCUCCUGUCCCUGUCUCUGCUCCUGUGCCUGUCUCUUCUCCUGUCCCUGUCUCUUCUCCUGUGCCUGUCUCUUCUCCUGUGCCUGUCUCGUCAUCUGUCCCUGUCUCGCCACCUGUCCCUGUCCCGCCUCGUGUCAUUGUCCCGUCCUCUGUCCCUGUGCCUGUCCCGUCCGUGAAUGGCGAGCGUCAAGAGGGCGGAGAAGCGGGGGUGAAGCAGACCACCAAUUGGCUACAGGAGAAUGGGACGGCUGACGCGGUAGCCAGUGCUGGUAGUGGAGAUGCUGAUAAGGCGGAUGCGGGGAGAAGGGAGAUGCGGUCCAAGGUCGACGAGCUGCUGGCGCAGGCUGCUGCGCUGAGGGCGCGCGGGCAGGCGCGUGGGGGAAGCGCGGAUGGGGGGAACGCGGGCCUGGGGGGCGGGGGAGAGGGCGGAGAGGGGGAGGGGGAGGAGGGGAGCGACGGGGACGGGGAUGAGGAGGGUAGGUGGGAGGGAACGAGUGAGGAAGAAUCACCAAUGGAGAGGGAGAUAAGCUGGGGGGAUGAUGACGAUGAUGAGGAUGAUGAGAGUAGUGCAGGGGAGGAGGAGCAGGGGGGAGGAGGGGGAGGGGGAGUGCACCGCAUGGUGCAUCUGCAGCGCGCCCUGGCGGAGCUGACUGCUGCUUCUAGAGAGAGGGAGAGGCGGAAGAGAGAGGCUGCUGACGCUGCUGCUGCCGCCGCUGUUGCUGGCGGUGGUGGUGGUGCUGCUGCUGCUGCUGCUGCUGGUCGUGGCAGUGCUUCUGCCACUGCCGUUGUCGGUACUGCGACUUCAGCUGGUGCUGCUGGUGAUGCUGCUCCCGCUGUUGGUGGUGACACAGCAAGAGGGGCAGGGAGAGCAGCAGUGGGAGCAGCAUCAGCAGGAGUUGGGACGGAAUCUGCAACAGGCUCGGUACCUGGAGAGAGGGAGAAAACAGACUUGAGUACGGCUGAUGCCUUGGACGCAGCAGGACUAGGGUCGGGCACACAAGGACAAGGGCCAGGUGAAGGGGCUGGGGACGGGGAUAAGAAGCAAGUAACAGAGGCUGGGGACGGGGCAGGGGAGGCCCAGGGGGGAGGAGGCAAGGACGAGGGGCAGCAGAAACAAGAUGUUCCUGUAGGAAAGUUACAGAAGGAACUGAAAGGGCUAGAGCUGAUGCUGGCACGUGUGAAGCAGAGGCAGGUGGAGGAGCAGCAGCAGAAGGAGAAGGAGAAGCAGGCCGAGGUGGAAAGGGAAAGGCGGAAGGAGGAGCAGCAGAGAAAGAGGGAGAGGAAGCAGCGGGAGGAGCGGUUUAAUGAGCUGCUGGAGCGCCAGAGAGAGGAGGAGGAGGAUGAGCAGGAACGGGGGAGGAAGGGAGGCGGAUCAGGGGCGGGGAGUGGCGGGGGAGGGGGGGACAGAAAGGCGCUGCUUGCGGGGCUGACUCUUGCUGGCACCGGUGCUAAUGCAGGGAUGAGGGGGAAGGGCGCAGGGACCUCUGCUAGGAAAGGCAGCAGCGGAGGAGGGAGAGGAGGGGAGGAUGAAGAGGAGGAAGAGGAGGAGGAGAGUGAGAAGCCGAUGGGGUUGGAAGAGGCAAAGGCGCAUCUGCUGAGAGUGGCAGCAGAGGGGUUUGAGAGGAAGCGCAGAGCAGAGGAGGAGGAUCCGCAGAUGACGGUGGGGGCGCUGCCUGUGAUUCCCGAGGGGGAUAAGGAAGGAGAGGAGACGGAUGAUGAGGAGGGGGUGGUGGGGUCGAUAGGGGGUGGACGGGCGAGAGGAGUGGUGGGAGUCAGGGCUGCUGAGCGGGAGGAGGUGGAGGGGAAGGUGGAGGAGAAGAAGGGGAGUGGGGAAGAGGCGAAGGGAAGGGAGGAGGAGGUGAGGAGGGAGCAGAGUGCUGGAGGUGGUGGUGGUGGAGGAGGAGGGGUUGCAAGAGGGUUGGGGUUGUUGUCGCUAUUUGGUUCUUUUGGACUAGGCCGCGGUGCGAGUGUGUCAAAAAGCAACAGUGGCAGCAGCAGCAGCAGUGGUAGUGGUGGUGGUGACGGGAGUGGACCCUCUGCCAGGCCUGCAGCAACUGAAGCAACUGCUGCCAGCCGUGCUGCUGCUGCUGCUGCUGCUGCUGCUGGUGGUUCUGGUGGUGGUGCUGUCAGCAGCACCAGUACCACAUCCAACCCAGCAACACCCACGACAAGUGACUCUUCCUCUGCACCGCCUACCUCCUAUGCCUCCGCUGCUGCCGCCGCCGCCGUCGCUGCGGCCUUCGCACCCUCACCCGCCACAUCAGCAUCCCCACCACCAACCGCCACAUCAGCAUCGUCGUACGGGCCAAUGGGGGACAAGAAAAGCAGCUCGCCAGACACUCUCCCGGACCGCCCACAUCACUCCACACACAGGGAAUCAGGCUCGUCUGCUCCUCCCACUGCCGCCGAUGCUGCCGCUGCCGGUGCUGCUGCUGCUGCUGCUGCUUCUGCUGGAGCUACCGCUCCUGCCUCUCCUUCCCUCUCCUCCUCCCCGCCCUCCUCUCUCGCUCCUCAGGCCUACUCCCUUGCCGUCCCCGCCUCGCCUCGCACAAGCUUUCCCUACUCCAUGCCGGCCUCUCCGUCCUCUCUUGUGGUUCGGGAUGUGGACCAUGCAAAGAAGCAGCUCCUGGCCAUGGCUGGCGAGGCUAAGGAGCGGAUCGGGGGGCUCGAGCGCCAGCUGGCGGCGCGAGACGCUGACGUCGCCAGGCUGGAGGAUGAGGUGGCGUCGCUGCGCGCUGAGUCGGAACGGCGAGAGGCGGAGGUGGCAAGGCUGGUGGAGAGGUUAAAGGAGCAGGAGGAGAGAUGGGCUGCUGCUACUGCCGCUGCUGCUGCUGCCGCUGGCACGAGCAGAGCAUCAGGGGGAGGAGCGGGAGGUGCAGGCAGCAGCAGAGCAGGUCUAGCAGGCAACCGGGCGGAAGAGCAGAGAAGAAGGCUCGAGCAGCAGGCGCAGCAGCAGGUGAUAUCUAGAACGGUCAUGCUGCAUCGGCAGCUGCAGGCUGCUGCUCCCCGGCCUGGGAGAGGUCCCCGGUGGCAGAGCUUGGAGCGGCGGCUGGAGCAGAAGGAUGAGGUUCUGGUUCGGCUUAUGGGGAUUGCUAAGGACCGGUGGCGGGAGGUUCGGCGCGAGGUUCGGCGCAAGGACAAGGUGAUUGCAGAGCUGGCUGAGAUGGUGGUUCGGGUCCAGGCUGAGAGGAGGUCCGGUGGUGCUAGUGGUGGUGGAGAGAGUGUGGGGGAGGGAGGGAGUGAGGGAGGGGGUGACAUGGGGAGGAGUAGCUUGGAGGAGGAAGUGAGGAAGUUGUUGGAGUUUGCACUGAGGCAUGGGGAGGAGGUGGAGGGGGUUCUUACUAAGGAAGAGCAGAAGCUACAGGAGGUGUUCGAAGCAGCAGACAUUGAGGGGCUGAAGUGGGGUGUAGAUUCAGGGAUAGUUAGUUCGUGCAUAGAUGCGUCGGGGGCUGGUAGCAGUAGUGGAGAUGGAGGAGGCGCGUAUGUGGUGUCUGGGCAGGAAGGCAAUGGUGAAGAGGUGACAAGUGGUGGUAGGGUUGCACACAGGACGGAGAAUGUGGCAAUUGCUUCACAAAGAGGGGCAGGAGUAGUGAAAAUUAGAGGAGAUAGGAGUUUUACGGAUGAACGUGUUAGGUUUAGGGGUCAAGGGUCAAGGCAUGCUGGUAUGGGAACCCAGCGCUAG